GCAGGACAAGGCCAGGUUGCCAUAGCCCAUAAAAUAGGUCCCCCCGCCUGUCAAAUGUCCAGCGUAUCCAAAAGCUCCACACUCUGCGUACGCUCGCUCCCUCGACAACCUCGACCCAGCCCAACACACCUCGACCAUCGCGACCAGCCUGCCCAUUUGGUCUCUCGUCGGACGCGCACACCCUGUCGCAUUGUCACUCGCCCCUUUGCGAUCCUCUCUGGGCCUGCAAACAUCCGAGCAACGCUUUAACAACCCCCGUUCGAGCUGACCUCGGCGGCCUACCGCCCUCUCCACGCGACAUUAUGUCUGCACCCAACGACUACGGUCAAGGCCAGCCUGGCUUCCAGCAACCAUAUGACGGCCAGGCCUACGAGAACCCUGCUGGAUCCCCGCCGCCUCAGGCGGCUCAACACCCCGCAGAGGGAGCGGGAGGCAAGAAAAAGAAGAGAGCUUACGCUGCUGGCGCGUUCGAUGUGGGAAGUGGCGGCAAUGCCGCCGUGGGAGGCCAGCUUCCCGCUGGAGGCCAGUUCGGCGCCCCUCAACCAGUGACACCUGGAUAUGGUGGCUAUCCAGGUCAAGAACAGCCAGCUGCAGCUGCAGGUUAUCCUGCAGCCCAGCCCUUCACUCCCGUUGCUGGCCCCGGAUACCCCCAGCCAGACUACGGUGCUGCUCCUGCGCCUGGUGUUGCUGGACUCACUCAAGGCAUGUCGAACCUGCAGGUGGGAGGAGGCCAGCCUCUGCCGCAACAGCAGCAGCAGCAGCAGCAAGCUCCUGCGCGCGUUGGGCCCCUGAACCAGCUGUAUCCGACCGACCUGCUCAACCAACCCUUCAACGUCUCCGAGCUGGAUCUGCCCCCACCCCCAAUCAUUCUUCCUGCAAAUUCAAGCUGUACUCCCUCCGAAGAUGCGAACUGCCCUCCAAAAUAUGUGCGAUCGACCCUCAACGCCGUCCCCACGACGCACUCCCUCCUCAAGAAGUCGAAGCUCCCCUUCGCGCUCGUCAUCCAGCCGUAUGGCUCGCUUCAUGAUAUGGACGAUCCUGUUCCUGUCGUCCAGGACCAGGUGAUCUCACGGUGUCGGCGGUGUAGGUCGUACAUCAACCCGUACGUGACUUUCCUCGACCAUGGACAUAGGUGGCGGUGCAACAUGUGCAACCUCUCCAACGACGUUCCGCAGGCCUUCGACUGGGACGCCGCGGCUCAGAAGAGCAUCGACCGGUGGCAGCGGGCUGAACUGAAUUCCGCGGUGGUGGAGUUCGUGGCCCCCCAAGAGUACAUGGUCCGACCGCCUCAGCCUCUCGUCUAUCUCUUCCUCUUCGAUGUGAGCUAUGCGGCCGUCUCGACCGGCCUUCUGGCGACGAGCGCGCGCACGAUCCUGGACAGUCUGAGUAGGAUACCCAACGCGGACCGGCGCACUCGUCUGGGCUUCAUUGCCGUGGACUCGAGCCUGCACUAUUUCUCUAUACCCAAGGACGCGGAUGAGAAUGGAGACACGAACAUGCUCGUCAUCAGCGACCUCGACGAGCCUUUCCUGCCGGUCCCUACAGAACUUCUGGUCCCUCUGAGCGAGUGUCGCCAGAGCAUCGAGAACUUCUUGACAAAGCUUCCGGAUAUGUUUAUCAACAACCAGAACAACGGAUCAUGCAUGGGUUCCGCCCUCAGGGCUGGUCACAAGCUGAUCUCCCCCGUCGGUGGAAAGAUUGUGGUCCUGAGCGCUUCGUUGCCGAACCUGGGCUACGGCAAGCUUGACAUGAGGGAGGACAAAAAGCUCUUGGGCACAUCCAAGGAGAGCAGCCUGCUGCAGACGGCCAAUGGCUUCUACAAGAGCUUUGCUGUCGAAUGCUCAAAGAACCAGGUCUCGAUCGACAUGUUCCUCUUCUCCUCCCAGUAUCAGGAUGUCGCCUCGUUGAGCAAUCUUCCUCGGUACACUGGUGGUCAGACGUGGUUCUAUCCCGGGUGGAAUGCUGGGCGGCAAGAAGAUGCUAUCAAGUUUGCUUCCGAGUUCAGCGACUACCUGUCAUCGGAGAUCGGUCUGGAGGCUGUUCUGAGAGUGCGCGCCACGACGGGCCUGAGAAUGAACACAUUCUACGGCAACUUUUUCAACCGGAGCUCCGAUCUGUGCGCUUUCCCAGCCUUCCCGCGCGACCAGUGUUACGUGGUGGAAGUAGCCAUUGAUGAGACCUUGUCUAAGAGCAUGAUCUGCAUGCAGACGGCUGUGCUUCACACUACCUGCAACGGCGAGCGGCGAAUCCGGGUCAUGACCCUGGCCCUGCCUACGACGCAGAGCCUGGCGGACGUUUACGCCUCCGCGGACCAAUGCGCCAUCACCACAUACUUCAGCCACAAGGCUGUCGAGAAGGCGCUCAGCGGCGGCCUCGAUGCGGCCAGAGACUCGCUGCAGACAAAGCUCGUCGAACUGCUCCAGACGUUCCGGAAAGAGCUGGCUGGCGGCAGUAUGGGCGGUGGCCUGCAGUUCCCGGCCAAUAUGCGCGGUCUGCCUGCCCUGUUCCUCGGCCUGAUCAAGCAUGUGGGCCUGCGCAAGUCGGCCCAGAUCCCCUCCGAUCUCAGGUCUGCAGCGCUCUGCCUGUUAUCGACGCUGCCUCUGCCGCUGCUGAUGCAGUACAUCUACCCAAAGCUGUAUUCACUGCACGAUAUGCCGGACAUCGCAGGCACGCCCGACCCGGAGACCAGCCAGAUCGUCCUGCCACCGCCGCUGAACUUGUCCUCGGAGCGGUUUGUCUCGUACGGACUGUACCUCAUUGAUGACGGGCAGACACAAUUCCUGUGGGUCGGCCGCGAUACGGUCCCGGCCCUACUGCAGGAUGUCUUUGGUGUCGCCGACAGGACACAGCUCCACGUGGGCAAGGGUACAGUGCCAGAGCUGGACAACGACUUCAACGAGCGGAUCCGGGCAGUCAUCGCCAAGAGCAGGGAUUACAAGUCCAAGGGCGUGGGCAGUAUCAUCCUCCCGCAUCUGUACAUUGUGCGCGAGGACGGCGAGCCCAGCCUGAAGCUGUGGGCGCAGACCUUGCUGGUGGAGGACCGCGCAGAUCAGGGUAUGAGUUUUGCACAAUGGAUGGGCGUGCUGAGGGAAAAGGUUGUCCAGUAAUCUGGCCCAAGGUAAAUCGCAUGCUUCAAAUGGUGACUUUAAUUGUAUAGACAUCAGACGUCAAAAAACACAGAGCAGUUGAUCAUCUUUAAAAAAAGAAAAUUCGUUUGAGCG